CUUUUUUUCCAGGUGGUGUCUUUUUUUUCAUAGAUAAAGGCUUGGACAUAGAGAGGAGGAUGGAUAUCCGCGGGGCCGUGGACGCUGCAGUCCCCACCAACAUCAUCGCUGCGAAGGCAGCUGAGGUUCGGGCCAAUCUGGUCAACUGGCAGUCCUACCUGCAAAGUCAGAUGAUCUCGCCGGAGGACUGUGAAUUCAUCAAGAAGUUUGAGGUGGCUAAUUCUGAAGAGAAACAAGUUAUUUUGACCAAUGAGGGGCAUCAGUGUGCAAAGACGUUUCUGAACUUGAUGGCCCACAUCUCCAAGGAGCAGACCGUCCAAUACAUCCUGACUCUGAUUGAUGACACUCUUCAGGAGAACCAUCAGAGGGUGAACAUUUUCUUUGACUACGCCAAGAAGACAAAAAACACUGCCUGGUCCUACUUUCUUCCUAUGCUGAAUCGUCAGGACCUCUUUACUGUCCACAUGGCGGCGAGGAUCAUCGCUAAGCUGGCUGCCUGGGGCCGUGAUCUUAUGGAAGGAAGUGAUCUGAACUACUACUUCAACUGGAUCAAAAGUCAGCUCAGUUCACAGAAUCUACAUGGUACAGGUCCAGAAACAGGCACAGGAACAGGAAUUAUUACCCCCAGUGAAAGCUCUCAGUAUGUCCAGUGCGUGGCUGGAUGCCUCCAGCUGAUGCUGAGGGUGAAUGAAUACAGGUUUGCCUGGGUGGAAGCUGAUGGAGUCAACUGCAUCACAGCAGUGCUGAGCAACAAGUGUGGCUUCCAGCUCCAGUACCAGAUGAUCUUCUGUGUGUGGCUGCUGGCCUUCAGUCCUCAGCUCUGUGAACAGUUGAGACGUUACAACGUAGUCCCAGCCCUCUCUGAUAUCCUCCAGGAGUCUGUCAAGGAGAAGGUCACUCGAAUUAUCCUGGCUGCCUUCAGGAAUCUGCUCGAGAAGUCUGCAGAGAGGGAGACCCGCCAGGAGUAUGCUUUGGCCAUGAUUCAGUGCAAGGUGCUUAAGCAGCUUGAAAAUCUUGAGCAGCAAAAAUACGAUGACGAGGACAUAACUGAAGACAUCAAGUUCCUGCUUGAAAGGCUGGGAGAGAGUGUGCAGGACCUCAGCUCCUUUGAUGAGUACAGCUCUGAGCUCAAGUCCGGCCGUCUGGAAUGGAGUCCUGUGCACAAGUCGGAGAAGUUCUGGCGUGAAAACGCUGUCCGCCUGAAUGAGAAGAACUAUGAGCUCCUCAAGAUCUUGACAAGGCUGCUGGAGGUUUCAGAUGAUCCGCAGGUUAUAGCGGUGGCAGCUCAUGACGUUGGAGAAUAUGUGCGACAUUAUCCACGUGGUAAACGGGUGAUUGAGCAACUGGGUGGAAAACAGCUGGUGAUGAAUCAUAUGCACCACGAGGACCAGCUAGUCCGUUACAACGCCCUGUUGGCUGUGCAGAAGCUGAUGGUCCAUAACUGGGAGUACCUGGGACGGCAGCUCCAGUCCUCGGACCAGCAGCAGGCUCCCGCCGUGGCAGCUCGCUGAACCCCUCCUGUGCACCUGUGUUUGCGUGGAUGAUUUUAACGCUGUACUGUAACACGCUCAUUUUGUGUAAUGAUUGGAAUAAAAAUCCAACUGUGCCCCCCCCCCCCCCCCCCCCUUUCCAACUGGACCCCCAAAUGACCCUCGACGUUACCUGAUUCAGUGCUUUGUGUUGUGCCCUCAGCUCAGUGAUGUGUGGUGACUGACGUCGCACUUUAUGUAUGUUGUAAUGUACAAAACUGCUAGUUAUUUAAGUCUUACAUGUGAAAGUUCAUAUGAAUUCCAAUAAAGAUGUUUACCCGUG